GAGUGUGGUUAUGGGAUUUAUAUUAAACAAAGCAAUCUCUCUCUCUCUCUCUCUCGGGUUCUCUCUCUGGUUCUUUCUUAUUAGAGUAUUUGAAAUGGUUUGAACAUCCCACGAGCCUUACGCCUGCAUCUUCAUGCUCUUCUUUUAGCCUUAUCUCUGCAACUCCACUCUUCAAUUAUUUCCCUCUUCCUCUCCUCUUCCUGUCUCUGUUUUCUUGUCUCUCUGAUCAAUCCCAACCCCAUCUCCCAAACUUUGAUCUCAUUAAUUAAUUUUUCUUCUUCUUCCUCUAACCAUGGCUCUAGAAACAUGGCUCAUCAAAGUCAAGACCGCCAUAUCCCACAGUUUUGAUGCAGUCCGAACUACAACACCCACCACCAAACUGGUGGUGAAAAAGUCCAGUGUUGGAGUCCUAGCCUUCGAGAUUGCUGGCCUCAUGUCCAAGCUCCUCCAUCUCUGGCAAUCUCUCUCUGAUAAAAGCAUAAUUCGGGUCCGCAACGACGCUAUAUCUCUUGAAGGAGUUCGUAAAAUCGUGUCCAAUGACGAGGCCUUCCUUCUCGGCCUUGCAUGCGCGGAAAUGGUGGAGAAUCUCAGGCAUGUUGCCAAGUCCUUCUCCAGAAUUAGCAAGCGGUGCGAGGAUUUGAAUCUCCGAUCCUUCGAGCGUUUGUUUGACGAGUUUGCAAACUCGGGUUACGAUCCUCAUGGGUGGGUGUUGGGCUGGAAGGAGGUGGAAGGGAAGAACAAGAAAAUGGAUCGGUACGUGACCACCACGGCCAACCUUUAUAGGGAGAUGGACGAGCUCUCGAUAAUGGAGAAUGGGUUGAGGAAGCUCUUACAGAGUACCGACCAUGACGCUUCGAUCAAAGAGCAAAAGGUGAUUGAUCUAGAGCAGAAGAUUUUCUGGCAGAGACAGGAGGUAAAGUACCUAAAAGACAGAUCUCUCUGGAACAGAAGCUUCGACACAGUUACUUCAAUGCUGGCUCGAUCAAUCUUCACAGUUCUAGCAAGAAUCAAGCUUGUUUUCGGAAUCGGCCAUGGAUAUCCAGCUUCUCUCCCUCGAAGUCUCUCAGCUUCUGCCACUGUCCACCCCUCUGAAAACCCUAGUUCCUGCAACUUCGUCUCCGGGCCAUUGAAAAGCCCCAGACUAGAAGAAAAGAAAGACCACCAUGCUCAUACUUUCUUCGACCUGAAUUCCAAGCUCCUAAAGCCACCUCCAACCACCUUAGGCGCCACUGCUCUAGCCUUACACUAUGCCAACUUGAUCAUAGUGAUAGAAAAGAUGAUAAAAUCUCCUCAAUUGGUGGGGGUGGAUGCGCGGGACGAUGUGUAUGGCAUGCUGCCGGAUAGUAUAAGAUCAUCCUUGAGGGCUAGAUUGAAAGGAGUAGGGUUUUCGGCGAGUGAUCCGGUGCUGGCCGGAGAGUGGAAGGAUGCUUUGGGGAGGAUUUUGGCGUGGUUGUCGCCAUUAGCACAUAACAUGAUAAAAUGGCAAAGUGAAAGGAGCUUUGAGCAGCAGAAUUUGGUGCAGAAGACCAAUGUCCUUCUACUGCAGACACUGUACUUUGCAAAUAAAGAGAAGACCGAAGCUGCCAUAACUGAGCUGCUAGUGGGGCUCAACUACAUUUGGAGGUUUGAGAGAGAGAUGAACGCUAAGGCCUUGUUUGAAUGCUCCAACAUCAAUGGGUCAUUGUCGAAUUUGCAGAAUUCCAGCUGAGGGAGAUGGGCAUGGGGGCUUUUCAUCUUUUUCUUAGUUCUAAUUUUUCUAUUUUUCCAUCAUUUUGUUGUGGUUGGUGUACCAGAGGGUAUGUUUUGUUUCGGACCCUGAUCUGUAUAUGCUAAUAUAGAUGUCUCUGUAAAUGAUAUGUUUCAUUGUUUUGAGCUAUUUUUCAAGACAAUUGAAGGGUUUUGUCUUUUUUGUCA